CUCAGCCUGAAGUAUCUAAACUUCAGGAAGGUCGGGCUUUCGCCUUGCUGCCUGAACUUUUAACGAAGGCAGGCUUCCGUGAAUUCAGAGGCAUUAAACAAGACGUGGGAUUCUCUGUAUUGUUUUGGAGGGUGUGCUGGAACUCCCUCUGUAGACCUCAAACUUUCGGAGAUCUGCUUGCCUCUGCAUCCCAAAUACUGGGAUUAAAGGCGUUCAGAUUAUAGGAACAGUUAAAUGCUUUUCCACAAUGCCUACGUGUAUAAAGCUUCUCGACACUCUGAAUCCUUCCAUGAACUUUCAGAGGAUUGAGAAGUGACUCUGGAAAAUAUAUGGCAAAGAUCCAAUGGGAGACACGGACUCUGACCAUGAGGAGAACUAGGCACAAAAGAAGAAAUCUACCUUCAUGAUUGCUGAGCAACAGUGGUCACUCUCAGUAUUUAGAGACUGCAAGUUCAGCAAGCUUAGUUAUCCUCUGUGUAGCUGUGUCUCCAUCUACCCACCUCUGGCAACUUGACUUUGUUACUUCACAGUGGAAGGUGUCUGAGAAUAUUGUUUGAUACCAGCUUGACAUAGGAGGUGCUGGGUUAAAGGAAGGGCAUGGACCAGAUGUUAAUGGAACCAGAGGAACUAUUCUGGACAUCACGUGCGGAGAAGAUGGAUCCUGGGAGCUGCUGGAACCAGAAGGACCAGCAGUGAAGAGGAGAUGGAUAUAGACAACUAAUGGACUAGGAGGACCAGUGAUGUAGACAGUAUUGAUCCAAGAAGCCAGUGGAAUCUGGAGGACCAGGCAAAAUUUUUGAACCUUGGCUCAUACACCAACAGAGCUUUCCAGGACUUUUCACUGCUAUGGACCCAAAUGCGAAAAGGGGCGCCAUGAGAACAUACAGAGAUGUUUCUCUUCCACCCCAAGAACGUUUCCAAAUGUUAAUUCAUGUGGGGAUGACAAUUGAGGUCAGCAAGAAAGUUCCAUUGAAGACAUAUGUAAAAAUGAAGGAUGACCUCAUAAAGGUGGCAGCUGACCUUCAAAGAAAAGAACUGGAAGAGGAAGCAUUUGUGGAGUACCACAAAUUUUUAACACUCUUUGUGGAGAAACUCAGAAAAGGCCCAGAAUACCUCAACUGCCUGUCCAAGGGAACAAGAUCCAAAAUCAACAAGACUAUAAAUAGAGUCUUUGUUAUUGCUGAGACUCUGAAGAGCAAACUCCUGACAAAAUACAACAAGGAGUAUGAAGGUUACCUGGCAGAUAAGAAAAAAAGAGAAGAGGAAGAGGCAGAAAAUAAGGCCUUUUGGCAAGACUUGAGGAAUACAAUCAGAAACUCACCAGAGUUUGCCAAAUGGAGCUCUCUGGUGGAGAGAUUGGUGCACGGGGCUGAGAAAGAUAGUGGAGAGGUCAGUUCCAGCCUGGUAUCAGCAUCAAAAAGUGCUGAAGAGUCUUUGGCAGAAAGCACUCCACAGGAAGCCUAUGAAGAGGUCACCCCCAACACAUCAACAGACAACCAGGGUGGAGAGACUAAGAUGGUGGAAAGCCCAGGACAGAACUCCAAAGGCCUCCACACUGUGGUCCUUCCAAAGGACCUUUGUAAACAGUUCCUCCGUUCUGCACGGAAGAACACCAAGAAAGGCAUAGAGACAUGUGGUGUGCUAUGUGGCACUCUGGUAAAGGACGAAUACCAUGUCUCCCAUGUCAUUAUUCCUGUGCAGAAAGGAGGUCCCGAUUACUGUUAUGCUCAGAAUGAGGAAACCAUCUUAUUUGUGCAAGAAGAACUGGGCCUUCUCACCCUAGGUUGGAUUCAUACGCAUCCAACCCAGACAGCCUUCUUGUCGAGUGUGGAUGUACACACACAUUUUUCUUACCAGACAAUGCUGCCAGAAUCAAUUGCAGUGGUCUGCUCACCCAAAUAUAAACAAACUGGAAUUUUCACACUGACACCUUUUGGAUUAAAUGAAAUAUCAAUCUGCACCCAGAGGGGCUUCCAUCCCCAUAAUCAGGACUCAGCUAUAUUCUGUGACUGCAGUCAUGUCACCUUUCAAAACAGCAGGGUGACCAUCACGGAUCUGCGAUGAGUAAAUCAAAGCUCGCACCCACAUCAGUGGGAGUGUUUGUGUGUGUGUGUGUGUGUGUGUGUGUGUGUGUGUGUGUGUGUUUGUGUGUGUGUGUGUUUGUGUAUAUGUGAGUGAAUGUAGGGUGGUAUAUAUAUAUCUGUAUGUAUGUUAAACUUUGUCAUGUUAUAUCUGUUAUGUAUGUUCACUUGUAUUUAUGUAUCACACAAUGUGCUCAUUCACAGCGCCCAGAUGAACUUACUUUUUUAUUGCAGUUUUACCAGUUAGGAAAAAGCAUGGAUAAAGCAGAAGAUUGUGACACAUAAAGGAAAGAGCUCUUGAGGAUACAUCCUGAGUCUAGAUGUGAGAACACAAAAAAUUCAUUUUACUUACAAGGUGAGGUGACUGUUUCUGCCAUGUGAGUAAGAACUUUCUGGAAUAAUGCACAAGUUGGGAAAUGUGAUUAUUAGAACAUCAUGGAAAAAACCCUUAGUUCAAUCUCUACAACACAAUAGAAACAUAGUCUUACAUAUGUUUUGGUAUAUGACAGUAUUUGCAGUUCAUAACUGAACAUUGAGGGUACAGAUUGGAGUGAGGAUUGGCUUAAUUGAGUCAGGAGAGAAAAUUCAUCAAAGGUGUAUCCUACAUGAAUUUCAAUUCUAAGUUGUGAAUAUACAUUUCUGUUUCUUGUUUUAGCCUCCUACAUUUCUAAUGUGACCUGUAGCUAGAAACCCUUUGACUAAUGACUUUUCUUAGUUAAAACUGAUUAUAUGGAAACUUUUAACAUGAAAAAGGGAAGUGUAUUACCUGAGAAAGAAAAGUACAAAACACAAAUUUUUAAAUUUUCUCCUAUUAGAAUCAUUUACAGAUUAUAUACACUGUACAAAAAGGAAUAAGACAAAGGGGUCAAGUACUUAAUGUCAAGAAGGUAUAAUAGUACAUUUAAGAACAUGAUGGGAUUUCAAAUUUGAUAAAGAUUCCUUCCAUUGAAUUGUAGAAACUCAUUGUCAGAAAGGAUUUGGACAUGAAUGGGAGCCUCUGGUUACCUCUUCAUAAUGACUAGCUGCUUGUGUAUCUCCUCUUCUAACACAAUUUGCAUAAUUGGAGAUCAUACAAUUAGUAGUAAGGAUUAACAAACUACUAAUGGAAUAACAGUACUUAAUGUAAGAAUGAUUUCUUCAAAUGAUAAGGAAAAACCAGGUUAACCAUUGGUGCGAAAGGCUGAACACAUGAUUUGAAGCUCUUGACUAAAACUAAAAGUCAGUGAAAGAAUUAACAAACCAAACUUCCUGAGUCACCGUUUCUCCAACCAGUGCAUUUAAAGUACGUGUUUUGGAAAACUCAGUUCCAGGCUCACAACUGACAACUUGACUUUGAUACUUCUCAGUGGACAUUGUCUGAGAAUCUUGUUUAAUAACAGCUUGACUAGGAGUUUCUUGGUUAAAGGAAUGUCAUGAACCAGAUGCUGUUGGAGCCAGAGGGGCCAUCCUGGACAUCACAUGCAGAGAAGAUUGAUACUGGCAGCUGAUGGAGCCAGGAGGACCAGCCAGAAAGAGUAGAGAUAGCUGAUGGAAUCAGGAGGACCAGUGAUGAAGAGAAAAACUGAUCCAUGAAUCCAGUGGAAUCUGGAAGCACAGACAGGCCUUAUUUGUAAGAGAGGCAAAUAUAUAGAACUGGUUAGUUGAGAAGUGUCCCAGACAGUCUUCUUCUGUUGAUCCAGAUCUCCAAUAUGACCACCCAUCCCUGGAUGAGGUUCAUCACACUAAGGAAUUCAGUGACCUCAGCUUACCUUAUUGUUGUACUGUAUUUUCUCUUGGCUUUAGAGCUCAGGUUUUAUUAUGUUCUCAUCUGAGAAGAGCCAAAAAUAAUCUGGUUUUUACCUAA